GCCGGGCCUGAGGGGGCCAAAGCAAAGUGUGUGUAUGUUACCUUGCAAAGACCCACAGCAGCCAUGGGUGAAUAUAGCCGUUUCAUAGAUUGGGAUAAGAUGGAUGCUUCUAUCCAGGACCAGGACUCAAAAGAAUUGACCAGCACAGAAUUCCAGGAUCUGAAGCAACUGGCUCGGCAGGGUUAUUGGGCCAAGAACCAUUCUUUAAGAGCCAAAGUAUACCACAAACUGAUCAGUAAUAUUCCUUGCCGUACAGUGACACCAGAUGCCAACGUCUACCGAGACAUUGUGGUGAAGAUUGUGGGCAAGCGUACCAGCAGUGCCCUUCCACUGCCCGAAUUUGUGGACGACAGCUUAGUUCCCACUUACUGCCUGAACGCAGAGGGUGUCGGGGCAGUGAGGAAGAUAAUCUCCUGCAUUGCGAGCCAGUUCCCGGAUAUAUCAUUCUGCCCAGCUUUGCCAUCAGUGGUGGCCCUCCUCCUCCAUUACAGCAGGGAUGAGGCGGAGUGCUUUGAAAAAGUUUGCCGAAUCCUGGCUUGCAAUGAUUCCUCCAAGCACCUCAUUGACCAAACUUUCUUGGCUUUUGAGUCCUCUUGUAUGACUUUUGGGGAUCUGGUGAACAAAUACUGUCAGGCAGCUCAUAAACUAAUGGUUGCAGUGUCUGAGGAUGUGCUGGAAGUAUACUCUGACUGGCAGCGGUGGCUCUUUGGAGAGCUACCCAUGACUUACAUUGCACGAGUGUUUGACGUGUUCUUGGUGGAAGGCUACAAGGUGCUUUACCGUGUCGCCCUGGCCCUUCUGAAAUUCUUCCACAAAGUGAGAAUCGGGCAGACUAUGGAGUCGGACAAUGUGCAGCAGGAUAUCCGAGCUUUUGUUAGGGACAUUGCCAAGUCGGUGCCUCCUGAGAAACUGCUAGAGAAAGCCUUUGCCAUCCGGCUCUUCUCACGCAAGGAGAUCCAUCUUCUGCAGAUGGCAAAUGAGAAGGCUCUUCAGCAGAAAGGCAUAACUGUCAAGCAGAAGAGGCAGAACGUCCACCUGGCUGUUCAUGCUGAGAACUUCAAGUCUGAAAUUGUGGAUGUAAAGAAGAUGAGAGACAUCUGGUCAUGGAUUCCUGAACGAUUUGCUCUUUGCCAGCCUCUGUUGGUUUAUACCACCUUGGAACACGGCUGCAGCCUGAGCAGGUUCUUUUCGCACUGCGAGGGGCACGAGCCAACUCUCCUUCUGAUUAAGACAACUAACCAAGAGGUCUGUGGUGCUUACUUAUCAACAGACUGGAGUGAACGCAAGCGUGGAGGUGGAAAGCUGAGUUUCUUUGGGACAGGAGAAUGCUUUGUGUUCAGGCUGGUGCCCGAAGUGGAGCGUUAUGAAUGGGUGGUCAUCAAGCACCCAGAACUAGCCAUGACUGGGCUCGAACAAGGGGGCAGCAUUGCUCAGGUUGCCGACCCUUCAUCCUCAGGUAGUGUCCCCUCUGAUCCUUCGGACCGCCUCUCCCCCUUCCUCUCUGCCCGGCACUUCAACCUGCCUUCCAAAGCAGCAUCCAUGUUCAUGGCUGGCGACAGAGAAUGCAUCAUUGUAGGUGGCGGGGAUGGGCAAGCUCUCUACAUCGAUGCUGAUCUGAACCACGGAAGGACCAGUCACUGCAACACUUUCAACAACCAGCCGUUGUGCUCUGAAAGCUUCCAGAUAGCUAUCCUGGAGGUCUGGGGUUUCAUCGACACCAUGUGCAGCUGAGGCGGCGGCUGAUUUUCACAACUCUGAGCCUCAUGAUCAGGAGCGCAGUUCCAGUUGCAAGAGCCAAGCUGAUACUCGGACAUGCGAAUUAGCAGGCUCCCUGUUAUUCAACGACCCAGAGGUUUCUUCGAGGAGAGCCCUUAAAACGCAGGGCCUAGUCGUUCUUGCUGUUGACUUCUUCAUAUGCAAUGUCUCCUGGACUCAGUGGGUUUGUCCAGCACAUUAACUUUUUAUGUCUUGAUAUGUAUCACGAUAUUUAUGAUAAUGAGUCUGUGACCUCUCCUACUGCCAGACGGGCGUGUAGUCAUGUCAGAGCUGUCAGCUUAGCCUCUGAGAGGCUUCUGUUUCUGGCAAGUAUUUGUAGGUGUCCAGGUGGACUCAUCAGUGUAAGCUUUGUAUUUUGCAGCAUGCUUCAGAUUCCUUCCACCGCGGGCUUGGAUCCAAAGCAAGCUGUGUGUGAGCUUAAAGAGAUUGUUCACAUAUAUAUGUAUAUUUUUCCACUGCACAGUGAAUCAUGCCAACCCAGAGGGUUCCCUAACAGGAGUCGAUUUUCUGGAGCUGAAAUUGGAGGGGAAAUUAGGAACUUGCAUACCCUGUUCAUUGUAUGCAAAAAAAACUCUGCACAUGUUUCUUGGGAUCCAAGCCAUUGUCCUUGAGAAGCUGUUCCUUGUGAAGAAGUGUUGUGCGUUUGCAUGUCCUGUGUGAAUGUGCUUUGCAGCUGGAUGUUGCCCAAUUUAUCUGACAUUCCAUGGUGGCUGAAAUAAGGUCAGGGUUGUUGUUCCGAUGUGCUUGUGUCCCACUGGCCCUGCCCGUCUGCUCGAUGGCUCCUGGUCUGACUAUCCCUAAUGUGUCCUGGCAUUUCAUCUGUGAUUUUAGAAAGCAGAUCGGGGCAGCUCAAGGUCCCAUGCAGCGCGUUCAAAACAAGAACGCCCCACCCCCUGCUCCACCAGCAGAGGAGUUGCUACUUUGUACGUUUGCUGGCUGGAGCUUGUGAAAACUAUGUGAAACCGCUGACCUGGGUUUUCAGCACAGCAGUUAGCAGCAAAGAUGUUCAAAACAUACCGGUCUUUUUUUGUCUUUGCCUGCAAAUAGGACUAAGUUCUUCCAGAGACUCUAGGGGGCACUGUUUUACCAAUAGGCUAUCUGAGUUUCCUCUUGCAACAUUUGCCUUGUUCCUUUACCUUUUCAAUGCAGUUCUCCACUAGAUAUGCAAAAAUCCUGCUUUUGGCCUCAUUGUGUCCUCUAUUGGAUGCAUCCUGUCAUUUUUUCUCUUCGUCCUCUGCUUCCUUGACUGCUUGGGAGAGAAUAGCUUAAUGAAUGAAAAAGGCGAAUUUUUCAAUAUACCCCUCUAUCUUGGCAGCUAUAGUAAAGUGGAGGGUUUGGAUUCUCUUUCACAAACAGGCCAAUAAUUAUCCAGGAGCUGUGUUGCAGCUCCUGGAUAAAGCAUAGACAAAUGUUGCUUACUAGAUGGAAAUAAAGAUGAUAGUCGACAGCUCCAGGUGUAUUUUAAGCAAGAUAAUUUCUGUCUCGUUUUGAUGCCUCAGCAAGAGGGAGUGCUGGGGUGGGGGGGGGAACCAGGCUGUGCAAUAUCCUAUAAUAUCCAAUAUCUGAAGCCCAGUUGUUUGUGACAGCUGGCAAAGAUGAAUCUGUGGCAGUGUCACCCUUUUGAGUGAUUCACAGUGAUUCUGGAUGCUUCCCACCCUCCACUUUUGCAUCUGUGUGAGAGUGGAAUGAUGCCACCGUGACUUUGACAUGACAGGAACCGUCAUAGAAUAUCAUGAUUUGGUGAAUUAUGUUCAAGAAGUAGAAAUCCCAGCAAAUCAUGUUCAGCAAUAUUUGGGUCGGGUUUCAAGUAUUCUCUCAGACAAUGAUGCCUGUUUUUCAGCUGGUAUUGCUUUUGUGAAAAACUAAAGCGGAUGCUCACCCAAGGUUAUAAAAAGUAGGAUUAAGACAAUCAUGGCUAGGAUAAUACCUGCUUGCUUGGAAGACUGAUUUAUAAUGCCGCUUCACAUCUUGGGCAGAAAUGGAACUGCCUCGGUUUGUCUGCACAGUGUAUUAGAUGUGUCGCCUACUUUUGAAUCACGAAGACUCCUUGAAUUUUUUGGUACUGAGCAUACAGGUGGCUUUGUUAGGUGUAUGUCUCAGGUGUUAAGGUUCUGAGGCUUGGGGUGGAACUGCCCUAGGAUGUGGUCAGUAUGAUUUCUGAGAUUGGUUUUUCUUCAAUCUGGACUAGUUGACUGGAAUGCUGGGAUUCUCCGGGCUGAAUGCCUCAAGGUCCUUGCCCUGUUAACGGAGGGAGCUGCUUGCCCUUCUGUUGAGAAGGCACUUGAAGAACCUCAGCUGCCCUCGUCCUCCUCAUAAGCAAAGAGCAACACAUCCGUUUGUUUAAAGAUCGAUAACAGGAACGCUUUCAGUUUUAACAAAAAAAAAGUUGCCCUCUCGUUAUCUCUGGCAUGAGUGUAUGAGAAUGAAUUCAUAGCUCCUGCUGGUGGUGGUUCUUUCCCAGCGGAAAGAGAUUCUCCUUGCAGCCAUUCAAAGGUCUCCCAAUUUAGCCCCUGUAAUUUGAUUUCUUUUUUAGCCUUAAUUGUUGCCAUGGUGAUGUGUGAUACUGUGAACAAGGGCUGCCCUCUCACCUGUAGCUGGGUCAAGAGUAUUCUGGUGCUGCUGUCCUAGCAGAGGGAGUCAGCUGCUUCUGGCGUGUUGCUCUGCAUUGAUUGUUGUGUGUUUAUGUUUGUUGUUUUUCCAAUGUGACAAUUGUACCCAGGUUUAUCAGUACACGUGAAUGUGCCGAUUCCCAUCCUCAAGAGUGUUUUCUGAUGUUUGGUCUGUUUCUCUCUACCCAACCCACUGGAGACAGUUGUAUUGCUCCUUUACCAUGUCAGAUAAUUUGGUCUCUCUCUCCAGUUUGAUGUCAUUGAUGGCAACAAUGUGUGUGAAUCUUUGGUGGAUACGUAAUUUUUUUUUUUUACAGUCAAGAAAUAAACUUAAA